AAAUGCCUACAGAGUACCAAUAUGCAACUUCAAUUACAAAAUCUUUGUUGAUCUUUUACCCAGUGGCCUUGGUCUUUGUUCGACCUUAUCAGUUAUCAACAAUGGUUCUGAUCUGAGCGGAGAAAGAUCUUGCAUCACUAUUUCAUAUUUUUAUUUUGUUGAAAUUUAUCUUUAGUGUAGUGGACGGCUGAUUAUUUGUGAAAAAAAUCUUGCAAGCUCAAAAUCAAGGUAACAUACAUUCACUGAUUCGCGAAACACUUUGGAAGUAUUCAAUAACCAUGAGCGAUUACGACGAAAGUAUAGACGGGCUGGUAGAAGAAGAGGAAUCAGAAAACGAUGAUGAAUACGACGAAUACGACUCGAACGACUACGACUACUACCAUCGGAGAAGGCGUUGGGAUUACGAUUACUCCGAUCGGGAGUGCAAACGAUGCAAAACUGAAGACUCCUAUGAAUUCGUGACUAUAAAUCCGGUAAUUCUAACCAACGUUCCCAAGUUGAUGGAUAUGGCUUCUGUUACGGUCGCGGCUACUCUAUGGAAUCACAUCAAUGUACCUCAAGCUGUACGCAGUGUACGCGAUAGAUGCACGAAAAGUAGCACCCAAUGGAGCACUUUGUGCGCAGACGUAAUUGCAUUAAUCGGAGAUUUACCUGUUCCUAAGCUUAUUGCCGAACAGAUCGAUCCAUAUGUACGUAAAAUGACCAACGAAAUAACCGCUUGGGUAUCGUAUCAUUAUCGAACGGUGUUCUUGAAAAAUGGACUCGAUAAAUUCGUUUACAGUCUGGUUUAUCAUAUUGUUUGGUAUCCUAACGGUGCUAUCGAUUGCGUUCAAACUGCGAGAAGUAUGAUGACGUCGGUGAGAUUGAGCGAUGUUGAAAAAUUCCGAUUUUUAUGCGUGUAUUGUUUGUACGAUGACAUGGGUGAAAUGUCGCCGCUGAUAUAUUUGGACAAUGCUCUCGAUUACUUAAGCUGUGACGAAGAUCCUUUGAUUUUUUAUUGGUAUUGUUAUUUUAGAAAUGAAUUGGACAAGAUUCCCGGAUCUAUCAAUGUUUACAUGUUACAUCAUGAUAAAGUCGAUAAUUGGCCGGCCAAAGAGUAUUUUUUCGAUCGACUGGCAUACGACGAGCAAGCACGAGAAGCUAUUUCGCUAAUUGACAAACAUGGCGCCGUUUACCAGAAACCAGUAUUGUUGAAAUUGGAUGAAACGCAGCGACUGCUCGUUUACAUGGAACGAGCUACACAAGUGAUCGUGAAUUACGCUCGUCCUCGUAUCAGUUCGAGAUUUAUUCUUCAGACGUGGUUCGAAGCUCGAAAUUUGAUUCACCAAGAUCAGUUUUUGACUCUAUUUCGAGAACUGUUAAGCUCAGGAGUAAAAGAUGUCCUUCUGGCGGAGAUUUGGGCCAGCGCCAGCGAUGAUUCCAAACAACAUGUAGUCUGUGCUAAUGUUCAUGAAAUUGUCAUGAAAGUACUAACAAAAUGGAGGUGGCGCGACAAUAGCGAUUUCGUAUUCGUUUUGUUACAAGAUUCCAAUGCAAUGAUAAAACAAUCUAUCACAAUGCAAGAAUUUUUCAGCGACUACUGCAAAAAAUUAAUCGAGAACAGUAAAUUUCAAGAACUUGAUCGAUUGCUGGUAUUUUGUUUGCCUGAUGCCGAAGAUUUGGCACAAUUUAAAAGCAACUUUGUGUCGGAAUCUAAUUUUUUCAACGCCCACUGCCAGAGAUUAUUGAUGAAGAGUGAAUUUCAAGACCUCGAUCAGUUGAUGGAAUUCUGUCUUCCCGACCCCGAGAAUUUGGUGCAGUUUAAAGUGAACUUCAUUAAUAAUUCGAACCGUUACAUUAUCAAUACGCAUUGCGAAAGAUUAUUGAUGAGCAAUAAAUUUCAAGAGCUAGGUAAAUUGCUGGAAUUUUGUUUUCCCGACGCUGAGGAUUUACUGCAGUUUAAAAUAAACUUGGUGAAUAAUUCGAGACUUGACGUUAUCAAAACGCAUUGCGAAAAAUUGUUAACGAACGGUGAAUUUCAAGAUCUAGAUCGAUUGCUGACAUUUUGUUUGCCUGAUGCCGACUAUUUGGCAAAAUUUAAAAGGAAUUUCGUGUAUAGUUCGGAGUAUAAUUUUUUCAACGACCACUGCGAAAAAUUAUUGGUGAAUGGUAAAUUUCAAGAAAUCGAUCAGCUGCUAGAAUUUUGUCUUCUCGGCGCCGAGGAUAUGCUGCAGUUUAAAAUGAACUUGAUGAAUAAUUCGGAAUCUGACGUUAUCAAAACGCACUGCGAAAGGUUAUUAAAGAACAGUGAAUUUCAACAGCUAGAUCGAUUGCUGACAUUUUGUUUGCCUGAUGCCGACUAUUCGGCAAAAUUCAAGAGGAACUUUGUGUAUAGUACGGAGUCUAAUUUUUUCAACGUCUACUGCCAAAAAUUAUUGGUGAAUGGUAAAUUUCAAGAGAUCGAUCAGCUGCUAGAAUUUUGUUUUUUCGACGCCGAGGAUUUGCUGCAGUGUAAAAUGAACUUGAUAAGUAAUGCGAAACAUAACGAUAAAAUCAAAACGCAUUGCGAAAAAUUAUUAACGAACGGUGAAUUUCAAGAGCUUGAUCGACUGCUGGAGUUCUGUCUGCCUGGCGCCGAAAAUGCAGCGCGGUUUAAAAAAAACCUUGUGAAGAAUUCGAAACACGUUAGAAAAACCUGCUUGGCGUUUUAUUCCUCGGGUAACCUGAACGAUUUGAAUAAUUAUCUCAAGCAACUUUUAACCCCGUAUCCCGAUACUGUGGUCCAGUAUAAAAAGAAGUUGAUAACUUCGUCGCGCGGAAUCGAUAUGUGUGUUGGUAUCAUGGAUACAAAAUUUUCUAUCCUGGAUGGAAUUUUAGAAGACGCUUUAAAAGAUCCGAUUUCGAUAACAGAAUUCAAAAAAACGAUGAUUUUUUCACCCGCGGCCAUUUCUAAACUAACCGAUUCGUUAUUGAAUAAUCGUCUAAACGCCGUACAAACCUGUAUUGAUCGUUAUCUCAUCUCGACCGAUGAAAGAUACGCGUUGAAGAAGCAAUUGGUCGGCGAUAUUAUGAAGCUGAUACAGGCGAUAUUGCGUGAGAACGAUGAAUCGUAUUUGCAAACUGUUUUGAUUUGGUGGUUUGGAAAUGAAAAUGCCGUGCAAGAGUUCAAACGCUCGUUACACUUCGAUUCAGUUUUCAUCGAGAUGUUGAAAGAUUGUGUGUUUCUCGAGUACCACCAGUACAUAUCGCGUUGCAAGUUCAAAUACAUGUAUGCUAGCUCGAGCUCGAGCGACUUCAACGCUUUCGAUAGGUUUUUAAAUUGGUAUUUUCAGUCGCCGGUUAAAGUAAAAGAGUACAAAAUGAAGGUUAUUUAUUCGUAUUCGAAAAUAGACGUGUUCCAGACUUUUUUGAGAGGAGCUCGAGGCGAUACGCAGUUGAAAACGGUGUUACAAUGGUUUUUCAAAAAUGACACCGCCGAAAUUGCUAAAUUCAAAAAGCGUGCUGGUAAAAGUAAAAUUACUGACUUAAUUUAGAUAGUUUAUUGUAAGUAUGUACUUAUGUGUGGUUUUUUUUAGUUGAGUUGUCUCUUAUUAUGAUAUUAUCAUAUCCUUUUAAAUUUUUAUUCUUUGUUUUUUUUUGUUGUGAAUUGACUGUCAUCAUUAAGUACCUAAAUUCCUACGUUAUUAUUAGCUUUUAGUGUUAAUUUUGGGCGUUUUUUCAUUAUGAAUUGACUUAUUAUGUUAAGUAUCCAUGUUUUUAUAAAAAGUUAAAACUUGUUUCGAUUUUUCAAAUGAAAGUACUUACUACGAAUAUAAACAUUUUGCUGUAGGUACAUAAAAA